AUGAGUAAACUAACUCCUAAGCUGUCUAUUCAAUCUCCUGUCCAUCACAGCAAAUUAAAUGCCCAGUCCACAAUCCGGUCUUUUAAGAAAGAAGGUGUGCAUCUGAUUUCAAAAGACUCCUUGGAAUCCGAUUCAGAAGGUGUCCCUCAAGAGAUCAAGUCCCAGUCUGAACUUGAGGGUGGAAUGCAGGACAAUGACAUGGAGCCCGACAGCUUAGAUGAGGAAAUCCCUGGAGGGGAAAGGCUUAGUGAGACAGAAGAAGAGGUGAGCAGAAAAGUGUCUCUGAUGGCUGGCAAGAAAAAGCACCAGAUCCAGGGCAAUGGCAAAAGUAACAGCCAACAACCAGUGGACGACAAGUACUCAGACCUCCGAUACGACCCAAACUGGAAGAACAAGGAAGAGGAAAGACAGUUGUUGACUGUGGAAACAUUGUUGGAGUCUCUUGACAGCUCUACAGAAAAUCUGACUUUGGAUCCACUCUACCCUUCCAAGGAGACCUCAGUGGAACCUCCAGGGGGAAAAGACGAACCAAAGAGCCCACAAAGCGAAGCCUCUUUACUUGGUAGUGAAUUUGUAAGCCCAAACUACCAGCGUGGCACCCUCUGCACCCAGCCCUUUUCGGAGCUGAGUGAUAGUGACCAGAAGUCCAGCAAUCUCUCCCAAUACAUAAAGAGCUCAAGUUCACAUAAUGAGGUUUUCUUGCCGGGAUCACGUGGCCUACGGCGAAGAAAGUCCAAACAAUAUUUUGUAGAAAAAAACAAGCUGACCUUGGGAUUACCCACUCCUAAAACUGACUCUUAUCUUCAGCUUCAUAAUAAGAAAAGGGGGGAAACUCACCUAGAACAGAUCUUCUACCCUGUCACAGUAACUGACAAGACACCUAUUCAGAAUGCCAAAGAGAUUGAAAAUGCUGCCAUCGAUCCUGAAGAUAAAUGGCAUCAAAGAGCCCAACAGCUAAAGAAUUAUCAAGAACAUUGGUCUCAACAAGAAAACACAAAAUCAAGCAAUAUGCUCAGACAUCAAUCUUCCGAAGCACUUGAUGGUCAGCAGACUUCCAGAAGACCAGCCAAACAUAAGAUUCGAAAACAGCAUAAACGCCACAACAGCCUGAAAGCGUUAAAGACGAAAGUGCUAGUUGCCAGUCAAGGGAGCCAGGAUAAUACAUUCAGACAGCAGUAUAACCAAAAUAAGCCUAUUGACACUCCAAUAAAGCAUGAAUCCGUUCUGAUUAUGAAUGCCCCUAACAAUGGUUUACAAGACUCAAGUGCACUUAGGAGCCAGAAUCUCAAAGUAACCUCCAAUAAGUUUGCUCCACCAAAGCAGGCAUUCAGCAAAGUACCAUAUAACAAUUCUACUGGCUAUCACUCAGAGAUGAAUAUUAAUGAAGAGAGGGGACACAAAGACCAAGAAGAGAAAGGAUUUUCAUACCAGCAGCUAUAUGUCAGUGCACUUCCCAAUAUGGACUUGAACUACGUUAAUGAAUUUUCUAAGAGACAAGCGCCCCUGAGUCAGAAAGGCUCUCAGCCUGUUUAUAACACAAAUGUUAAUGGAGCAACUACAAAUAAGAAGCAACCCAAAAGGAUUUAUACAGAGACAAAAUAUAAGAACUUAGAAAUGUUAUGGAAAUUCCAUUCUUCCUCUGACAGCCAAGCUGUUAGAGCUUCUCCAGAUGCCCGACUCUCUCAGAUAAUGGAUCAGCAUCACCAGGCCUUGAUGCAGCUGACCGAGGUGCAGCCGGGUGAAGGGACCUUCUCCAGCAUCACGCUACCACCCAUAAUGUCUAGGGUAGAAAGUGAAUCCCAACUCAGUUCCGAAAGAAGUCAAAGAAACCAAAUCAAAAUCAGCCGUAGCAAUUCUGAAGGCUACUUGUUUCAACUGGAAAAAGGAAAAAGACACAGGAAAAGAAGUGGCAUUAAGAGUUCCAAGCUGAAAGGCUAUCAGAAAAGAGACGUGAAGCUUGGAGGCCUGGGACCCGACUUUGAGUCCAUCAGAGACAAAAUGCAAAAAUUAAUACAGCAAAAGGAAUAUGCAAAACAAGUUAAGGACUACAACAUGAAGACGCUGUCCAUUCUUUCAAAACCUCAAACAGCAAAAACUGAGAUGAAAUCUGUCGUCCCUCGGCAGAAGGCUUUGGAAUAUGCUAAGACCAUCCCCAAACCCAAAUCGUUAAAUUUGACUGAUCGAGCAUCAAAAGAAAUAAAAAAUCCAGUCUAUACUGGAAAGGAAGAACAUUUCCCUGAAAUCCCGCUGUUGGAAAUGCUCCAGAGCAGACAUGAAAGAGAAAAACAGACUGUGGCCGCUUUCAAAGUCCUUCACAUCGUCUAG